CAGUGUAUUAGUGAGCAGGUUUACGGUUCGAGUCGUAGUGUGUGGAGAUGAAGAUGUUUAGCAAAAAGAGCUUGAGAAUGUAAAAUAGAAAAAAAACGAAGUCCACUAUAGAAUACACGUUUAAUAUUGUUAAUAAAUCUACUUGGCAUAUAAUUAAAAAAAAAAAAGAAAUCCAACACGAGUCGUAGUAACUACUUUUUUUGAGUGACCGCGUGUACAUCAUGUCUAAGAACGGGGUACCGCCGAGGCUCCAGCAGUUCUACCCGGUGGAUGAGAGACCAAGCCCGGACAGACAGAGCCCGUACCAGCGUCUGGCCAGGCAGAUGCAGGAUGUCCUGGGGGACGGUGGGGUGCUGAAGGAGGUGAUCAGGGAAGGGGAGGGGCCGCUGGUCCCGGAGAAUGCAUCAGUAGCAGUUCAUUAUUCAGGUUACCUUGAAUAUGCAGACAGACCUUUCGAUACCAACUGCUACAUGAAGUUCCCUCGGCUGAUGAAGCUUGGAAAAGAUGUGACGUUGUGGGGCCUGGAGGUGGGUUUGCUGACGAUGAAGAAGGGCGAGUUCUCCCGAUUCCUCUUCCUCCCCAGGUAUGCGUACGGGAGGCUGGGCUGCCCGCCACUGACGCCCCCCAGCGCCACAGUGCUCUUCGAGGUGCAGCUCAUUGACUUCCUGGACUCUGCCGAGGUCGAUGACUUCUUCUCCAGGACUCCAGAUGAGCAGAGCGAGGUCCCCCUGCCCAGACUGCUGAAAGUGGUGGAUACAGAACGAGGCUUCGGCAACAGGCUUUUCAAUCAGAGGCAUUAUGAAGACGCCAAAGACCGAUACAAACAGGCGGUGACGCUGUUGAAGAACCGGGAGCCAGUGGACGAGGUGCAGAAGAGGGACAUUGAGGCGCUGAAGCUGCCGUUUUUCCUGAACCUGUCCCUGACACUCCUGCGCCUGGAGCAGCCUGCCAAGGCUCUGGCCUACGGGAAGAAGGCCCUGGAGAUCGACGCCCGCAACGCCAAGGCGCUGUUCCGCUGCGGGCAGGCUUGUUUUGAGUUGGGAGAUUAUGAAAAGGCCAGACAUUUCCUUAUGAUGGCUCAAGCAGAAAGACCCUUUGAUGCAGAUAUCAACAACCAGCUGAAAAAAUUGGCUAGUCAUUACAGACACUAUACUGAGAAGGAGAAAGAGAUGUGCACCAAGAUGUUUGCAGACUUUCAUGCAUCAGAGAAGUAAAGGUGAAGGGUUUGGUGAAUCCAGAGUCUAUCACAGAGAACUCCAGAGAGGAGGGAGAACCACAGAAAAGAAAAGGCUUCUGCUGUGAUCAGCAGAUUGUUUUUUGUACUUUUUGUUUAUUUUUGGAAACAUGGAAGAUUUUGAAGGAGGAAUACUGUACCGGGCAGCAGUUGCUUCAAGUGUUUGCCUCGUUUGUAAAGGGAGCGAUGCAAGGGCUUGGUUGCUGUUGGCGUUAAGGGAGGUCAGAAAUGACUUGAGUUCAUUCCCUUUGAUUCCACCCCUUCAGGACUGGGGUGACAUUUCAUUUAAACAAAAAAGAAAAGACACUAUGUUUGGCAUUGUAACAAGGCUCAAGCUUCCUUCCUGCUUUAACACAAGUUAUCAUGACCAAAAGGUGGUAGAAGGUUGUGAAUGUCACCUGCAGGCUCUGUUCGAGCACUUGAAGGACAUCGCCUUGUUAACAUGGUGGUGAUUUGGUUAUGCUGAUGACAUUGAAGCGAAAAUGCCUACAGUCACCAUGUUAUUACCAAGUAAUAUCUAGCUUCCUGUAAGUGACAAAAGGUGCAUAUGUAAAUUGUUCCUUGAUCAAGUCUGUCUUCUUGAUCAAAACAUGUUCCCUCUUUGAGAGGAGGUUAACAUUCCUCUAAUUCACUGCAGGUGUUCCUGUCCCCUUGAGAUCAUGGUUUAAUAUUUUUAAACGGCAUUUUUCUAGCUAAAACCUGUAAAGCUUAAUUUAGCCAUCAGAGCACAUAGUUGGGAGAUUUUCUCAAUUUGUCUCUUUUUUUUUUUGUGUGAAUUUGAACCAUUUAACAUUUUGCACAGCAUUUACAUAUGUAGUGUGUUUCAGAAAUACUUUAAAUCACCUGUAGCUGUUUUUCUUGCUGUGCAUAUUACUGGGCUGUGAGUUGCUGUCUGCUGAGCUUGCCUGUUCUCUGUAUCUUGCUAAGGCACUGGUACCAGAAAAAGCACAAAUAAAGAUGCUGUUGUUUUUGAA